GAUCUGAACUUCAACAGUGACGGUGCAUUAACUAUCGGCAGCCGAGUAAAUGACGACGAAAGGUUCUAUGCUGUUAGACAGCCAGUAAAAGCGGAGGUAUUAUGCCUUACCUUUAUGCCUUUAUGCCUUUCAUAAAGAUGUAAAUCCAUCAAAAAUGCUCGAAAUACUAUUCCAACACUCACAAUAAAGUAAUCGUAAAAAUAGUUCAUGGAAAAACUCUGUUUUGUUAUAAGUUCCUAAUAUUCAUUGCAUCACUGAAAACUUUUGUCAGAGAGUCAAGGUCUUGAGACAAUAAUGAAUAACAAGUUGACACCCUCACGAUCGUCACUGGUGGCAGGAGGAAGUCCUGAGGGUUAACUGGUGAUAUUUUCUCCCAAAAAGGUUUUCUCAAGAAGGGUUUUUCUCCCAAAGCCUUUAAUUACCAUAGGACACGUUUUGAUAACUAUUACUCAUUUGUACAACCUAGAGCUCAUGAGGUAAGAUGGCUGGAUUCAAUGUUUUAUAUGCUUUCCUGUGACCCCUUGAAUCAUGCUUACAAUAUACUUUAAUAUAAUUUCAAGGAAUCAUGAUCAAAUUGAAAAUCGUUCGUAAAAUUGUUUAAAAGCUAGCUGAAAACUGAAGUCCAUAUAGUAAAAGUGCUACGUAUUAUUUUAGGUGUUUUCAAAAAACCAGUUAAUGUUGCUGUUGGAGACGUGAGGGAAAAUGGGAUCAUGGUCGACGAUUCACAGAAGUCGACAUGUGUGACAGCGACGCCACAGGCAGGAAGUAAAGGAAAACGCGUCAGGUUCUAACUACUGCUGAAGUAUUGUUCAUCUUUCAUAUUCACGUCUUUAUCUGCAGUUCAAAUACAUGACUUUCAUAUAUUCACAACCGUUUAUUCACCACUUCACGGGUUUAUUUGGAACCAACACAGUGACCAGCUCCCAGUUGGCUUGUUAGCUCAGUUGGUAGAGCACUGCACCGGUAUCGCAGAGGUCAUGGGUUCAAAUCCCGUUCAGGCCUGAAUUUUUUUAAGGCCUUCUUUUCACUACUGCUUAAGUAGUGUUCAUAACUACGAAGAUGGCUUUCAUAUUCACAGCCUGAUACUGUAAACGUAACUUGAAAUGAGACAAGAAAUGUACAUCAAGGUAAUAGAUACUGUCAUUGAUGUGUAAUAGGAAUGUACAUGCAACACAUAACAAAUUUAACUCCAAGAGUAUUGUGAUUUAAUGUUCUGCUAUACAUUAAUGAUUUUCAUCACUGUUUAACGAAAUUAGACUGCCACCUUUUUCCGAUGAUAAUAAUGUCUUUUAUUCUGGAAAGAGUCUGACCGUAUUAGAUUUUGUGAUAAAUGCUUAACUCCUUAAUGUUGAAACUUGGCUCUCUGCUUGUAACUGAGCUUUCUCUAAAGAUUAUCAAGUCUAUUUUCGUCAUCUUCCCCAUCCAAAGACGAAAAAAUAUAAACCUAGAUUAUCCAUAUAUGGAAAAAUCUUAAAUGAAGAAACUUUAUUCGAUAUCUUGGAGUAAUUAUUGACGCUCAUCUUUGUUGAAAAAUGAGAUUUUGCUAAUAGCAAUGCGCUCGUCAAUCUACAUUACGCUCUAAUUCAUCUUUUUCCAUUUUUUUUCCUUCAUAGCGUGGGGUAAUUCCUAGAUGUCGAAUCUCAAUCCCAUAUUUUUUCAUCAAAAUCAUGUUAUUCGUUUUGUCACUUUCUCCUCAUUCCUAGAACGUACUGGCCUUAUCUUUAAGUCCUUAAAAAUCCUGAGAUUUUUUAUGUUUCCAAUUUAUUCAAUAGUUAUUUUUACGGGUAUAGCAGUUGUGCAUCUUCUUAGCCGACUGACUUCUGCUUCCUCUAAAACCGCGAGCAUUAGGUAG